AUGCCUCUCUCUCUCUCUCUCUCUCUCUCUCUCUCUCUCUCUCUCUAUGGUGUACGUCCCUGUAUCGUACCCCCCUUCACUCUGUCUUCUUUGAUUCUUCCUCGCCGUGCGUCUUUCUUUUUCUCUCUCUGUCUUCAUAUGCAAGUGUCUGUGUCUUUAGAGUGCGAUCUCUGUCGUGAUGUCUGGCCCGACCGUCUCUCUCUCUCUAUCUCUCUCUCUCACUGUUUCUAUUACGCUUUAUCCGAUUGGUUAUCUGUGUGCUUCUCUCCGUGUAUUUCGCUAUCUCUUUAUAUGAAUAUGUUAUUCUCUCUCUCUCUCUCUCUCUUUCUUCGUGUGUUUCCCAUCUAUCACGACAAGUUUUUUUUUCUCUUUGUUCAUAUCUAUCAAGCUCUAAAGAUGAUUUCUUUCUUUCCUUAUUUAUACCAGCAUAUAAUAGCCAGUUUCUGUCGUUCUUUCUUUUUGGUUUUUAUCGACCGGCCUAUCAUGACUAGUUUUUUUUCUCUCUUUGUAAAUACCAUUGACUUUCUUUCUUUUUUGUUUGUUUCUUUUCUCAUCUACCAUUGUCAGUUUCUUUAUUUCUUCACAUCUCUCAAUCUAUCGUGGCUUCUUUCUUUCUUUUAUCUUCUUUCUUUUACUUUUUUUUACUUUCUUUCUCGAUCUGUUUAUACUUAA